AUGGUAGUGGAAGAAAUGGUUACUAUAUUUUUGCAUCUACUUUCAUUUGAGGAGAAGAAUAGAGAAAUAAAAUAUCAUUUUCAACGGUCAGGAGAAACUAUAAGCAGACAUUUUAAUAAUGUGUUAAAAGCUGUGUUAAAACUUUCGAGUUUGCUCCUCAAGAAACCUGAACCAAUUCCAGAGAAUAGCACAGAUGAAAGAUGGAAAUGGUUCAAGAAUUGUAUAGGUGCUAUUGAUGGGACUUUGAUUAAUGUAAAUGUGCCUGCGAUAGAUAAAUCACGUUGGGAAGGUUCAGCUGCCGAUGGAAGAGUACUUCGAAGUGCUUUAAAUAGAAAUAAUGGAUUAAAAGUGACUAGAGCUAGAAAUGUGGUUGAACGAGCUUUUGGUUUGUUGAAAGUACGAUGGGAAGUUCUUGCCAAAGGAACCAAGUACCCUCUCAGCACUCAGAUAGAUAUAAUAUUGGCUUGUGUGUAUAUUCAUAAACUUAUUCGCCAACAAAUGAGCAUUGAUCCAAUGGAAGCUAUUUUAGAUGCAUAUAUGGAAGAGGAAGGAGAGAAUGAUGAAAUUGAAGAUAAUGGAGACUACAUUCGAAAUUGUGGCGCAUCUGAAGAAUGGACUAAUUUUAGAAACACAUUAGCUCAAGAUAUGUAUGAUGCAUUCUUAGCCAGGAGACAAUAG